GUCACCUUUCUCUUUUCUUGCUUGACCAAUAACUCCAUUUUCUGUGUUACACGCGGGCGUAUUAUGUGCUCGCCUUAGCAACACUGUAUUGAUACUUCAUGUGAGUCUUGGGUUUUUAUUUUAUUUCUUUAUUUCUACAACACGAUGGCUGGAAUUCAGAAAGGUGGUUUUGAAACCACAGUUUAUGCAAAUUUCAUGCAUUGAAUAAGCUAAUUUUAGCACAUAAGAAAUGAAGAGAGCUCUAAUAGUGAAUGCACACAUUUAUCAAAGGGCACUGAAUUGAUGUGUGUUACUAAGGUUGCACCAUUAAUGAGACUACUACUUUUUAUUGAUGAUUCCAUUGUUUAUUACAUAAACAGCAGGCUCAUCCCUGGGGCUCAUCAAAACAGUAUCCUUAGUGUCAGGCAUCAAUAUAGCUCCCUGUAAUAAAAUCACAACUUCAUUAUUGGGCACUUUCUCCAUAUAUACAUCACACUGAAAUAGUGUAAUUGGUGCAUGCAAUCAGGAAUCAUGGUUUCAAAAUUACGUUGUCAAUUUUAGGCAAAUCAGUUUGUAAAAUGAACAAUUCUUCAUCUUUGAGAACCUCAUGACAUUUAUUUUUCGUCAUUUUGGUAUAUCUAUCCCUUGAUAAUAUGAAUAUAUAGUGGCAAAGGAUAUUAUGAGUUGCAUGCUAUAUUAAUAAAAAUAAACCUACAAUUAUUACGCAUUUUUAUUAAUCAAUGGCACUGAAAGUUAUACUGUUAUAAAAUGUUUUAUAUUUGUAUUUGAAUGUCAGUAAAACUAAAGAAAUUAUUGAAUAUGAUGGUUUGAAGUGUUUUUAUUUUUCACAUAUUUGUUUUGUUUUUGUAUUUUAUAGCCUAUAGCGUUAAAGAGAAAGUUUACCCUGAAUCAAGAAUGGUUUUAAUGAGCAUAUAAAUGAAAGAAACAAUGAAGUUUUGGCUAAAAUCCAUCGAGUAUCAUGACAUCAUAAAUUGGCAGCACCUUGAAUGGCAUGAUUUGUGAUAUAAGUGCUAUUUUCUCAGAAAAUCAAAACUUUUUUUUACCUGUCAAUAAUCAUCAGACUCGCCAUUUUUUACACGCUUCUUUGAGGAAAAUAUUUUCAGUCAUAAUGAACCAUAACAAAAUGGAAAUUUUUGGAAUAUAUAUUAUAUCUUAUUACACGAUAUACAUGUCAUCAGCUCAAGAUGUCACAAAGUAGGAAAAUAUACUUAUAAAAAACUUAUUUGUCUUAUGCUUUGAUGGAUAUUUUGUUUUAUCUGAUUUGGGUACUUUUCUUAAAAUGAAUUUGUUGCCAAGCUGAACUUUAAGCUUGGAACUUUUUUGUAAGUUGAAAAUAUCAGAAAUUAGUUUGUCAUGUUAUAUUUACACAAACUUUAGUUUUGUUGCAUUAUUAUCUUAAAUAGAUAUGUUCAGGCUCCAAAUAAUGAAAUUGUAUAAAUCUAACGAGAGUGCUUUUAAAAAUUACCUUCCACAAAGUCAAAAAGUAAGAGAAUAUACAAAAAAAAGUCUUGUCUUAUGAUUUGAUGGGUAUUUGUUUUAUCUGAUUUGGGGACUUUUUUAAAAACGAAUUUGUUGCCAAGCUAAACUUUCCUUUAAAAUUUGAACUUUUUGUAAUUUGAAAAUAGAAAUAAGUUUGUCAUGUCAUAUUGACAAAAUAGUUUCCAAAGUUAUAAUUCUACAUGGAUUUGUACUGGCAUGCUGAAGACUAGUCUUGUGAAUGAGGGACAGCUAGUGAUAUCGUUGGUCAUGUUAUACCCUAUUUUGAUGCAAUCCGAUUGCCGAAGCCGAGCAUGUGAAGUCACCAAGUUUUUCUAAAGUGCGUCGGUCAUCUUACGUGAUUGCAAAAAAAAAUGUUUAUUGUCGCGAAAAUACUUAUAUUUUUCUUGACUGUUUCAUUGUUCAAUGUUUUGGCUUGAGUUGUAUCAUCAAUUGAAAAUGAGAGAAUUAUUGUAAACUGCUUUUGUAAUUGUUCUCAAAACUAUCAAAUAUGACUUUGGCGAUAAGACCAAUUAUGUUUUUUAAAUGUGUAAAUUGAAAUUUUUAAAGCACAGUUUCCAGAUGAUGUGAACACUGAAAAGGCUGUUCGAUAAUGAAGCCAUUAACCAGCCGAGGAUUCAAACAGGAAUAAUGCUGAAUUUCAUCGAAAUCCAAAGUAAAGUUUAAAAAGCCCUGACGUCAAAUUUUGCUUAUUUUUCACAAAAACAGUUUUAUGCACAAUAGUGAUACGCAAAUUAGAGAAUCAAUAAUGUCACUCACUACUUCUUCUUUGAAUAUUAUUAAACACUUCAUUUUUUGCAGAUUUGGCAAUAAGGAUACUCAUCAAAUAGGUUGCAAAAAUAAAUUCCACAUAUUCCGAAAGCAAUCAAACUUUGUUUCACAUUACAAUAAUGAAGAGGAAUAUACAAAAGAAAUCUAGUGAGUGGGUGAUAUCAUUUUGUUUCCUAACUCAUUUGCACUUUGACAAUAAUGCACUGGAUAUAACUGAUUUGUGAAGUCGAGCUAAACUUUGAAUUGUCAUAACAGUCUUAAUUACAUCCGAUUUUGGUGAAAUUUUCAGUAUACUUAUUAUUCGGGGUGGAUUUAUCCUAUAAAGGUUCAUAGAAUAGUCUGAUUGAUAAUGCAAAUAAAAGAUAAUACACAAAAACAGCCUUGAUGUAAAUUAUUGAUGGCAGUUUGCCCAUAGUUCUAAAACAUGUAGAAAGUAUUUUGUACAAAAGUUGUAGAAAUCGAUUUAAAAAGUCUAUCAUUCCCCGCUUGUACCAUCGAUCUCAUGCAAAAUCGUCGAUAUUUUUUUUCCCCAAGAUUUGGAUGAGAGUGUGAUGAAUAGGUCACGGUAGUGACGGUACUCCAAGUUGUUUUGUUCACAAUACAAAAAUACCUUUUCAGAUACUUGGAACAUUGUGUAAAAUUCUUUUCUGUUUGAAAGAAAUCUAGUUGGCUUUCACGAGAAUAUCCAUGACGUUUCUUUUUUCCCUUCUAUUUCCUAUAAAUGGCUUGAACAAAAUCUUUUCAAUAUUGACCUUGCAGUAUACCUGGAUGUGAUCUCAAAUUUUUGCGACUUUUCUUGCAUCUACGCAUGUUGAUCGAUCCGAUAAUUCACCCAUCUAUUCUUUUUAAAACCUACGCCUCUGAAAAAUAGAUUUGUUUACCAUCCAGUGGCGACGCCAUCAGGGUAUUUUGAUUUGGGGAAAGAAGACCCAACUUUUCAUUCUUGAAAAGAGAUAUAGGAAGUCGCUCAUUCUCUUUCCCAUUUACCCUAAAAACUCCACUCCCCCCCCCCCCUUCCAUCCUUUCCUCCCUUAGAAAAGUUCAUAUAGUGGGUAGUAUUUCUUGUCACGUCGCAUUGUUAUUGACUAAUAUAUAAAGCCUUAUGUUAGGUCUUUUAACGCAAGUGUAUGUAGGCCUAUAUCAUAUUGAAGCAUGCAGAUCUGAUGAGAAAGAAUUUUCCACGUUAACAAGAUAAAGCUGAUCUAGGCUUUUCUUGCUAUUUCUUCUUAAGGAAAAAUUUUCCAAAUACUUUUAAAGUUGAUAUUAUUGUCUAUAGGAAGUUGUUAAUCAGCAUGUUCACUACUUUAUUUAUAAUUCGUUUGAUUGUCGGGUGUUUAGCCUGCACACUUGGUAUACCUGGUAACAUAGCAAUCAUCGUCGUCUUUACGAAGCAAGGUAUUAAGAAUGCUACUGAUGUUACCUUCGUCGCCCUUGCAGUGGUCGAUGUCAUUGCUUGUGUCAUGAACGGGAUGAAGAUACCCAUAGCUUUCUUUCAUGAUGAGCAUCCUUGGGCAUGUUAUAUCGAGGUGAUUGGAGCGAGAUCACCUCUCUAUGCCGGAUUGUUUUUGACCAUCUCGAUAGCGUUUUAUCGCUACCAAGCGGUAUGUAAGCCAUUUGACAGACGAUUCGGACGACGAGCUUCCACAUUGGUCUCUAUCUGUUGUCCCAUCAUCGCCUUCGGUCUUCAUAUACCGUUCUUUUUCAUCACAAAGUCUAUGAAACGUCGUGGGCAGUAUGGAUGCAAUGUAUAUGGUGAUAUUUCUUGGGGGCGUGACGUAUAUGCCAAGUCUCAAGCAAUUAUAUUCUUUGUUUCUGCUUUGGUUAUAACAACUUUAUAUAUUCGUAUUUACAAGUUCAUUCGUGCUCAUCAGAUCAUUCGUCAACAAAUGACUAACAGAUAUAGCUCCGACUGCCAAGGACGUCCAGGUGAAAAUAUAGAUACAAAAGCCGAGUCUGUCCUUUCAGUAAGUGCCGAUAUAUCAAAAUCAGAUAUUACCGUUUCAGCAGAAGGAGAAUCCAUCGGAAUUACUGAAAUGACAUCUUCAGUAGAUAUCAAACCAGCCAAAUUGAAGAAGGCAUUCCAGAAAGCAACAAGUCACAAGAUGAAAAGGCCAGCAAAGAAGCUCCAAUCAGACCAUAAAACAACUCAAGUCGUCAUCAUUAUUACCGUCUUGUUUUUUCUUCUCUGGCUCCCGAAUAUUGUCAUCGAUCAGAUUCCUAAUGAUCAAAUCACUCGCAUUCUCUUGGCGAAAGACAACGGAUCUCUCAUAUUUUAUUUCACUCUUCAAGUCAAGUAUAUUAGUCAUAUCACCAAUGUAUUUGUUUAUAUUUUGGCAUUCCGUCGUUUCAGACAGACAUGUUGUCGUUUAUUCUAAUAGUUACAUUACCUCAGUGAGUGUAUCAUGAUAAUAAUAAUACAGGACCAUAG